GUCUACACUGUCUAUAUAAGUAUUGGCUUUAGUCCUACUGUUUCCCCUGCAACUUCCUUACAUUAUUCAACUAGAAAGGAAGGGCAAAAGUUAAGAAGCUGCAUAGAAGAAUAAUGUGCAUCAGUGCAACGCAGAGUAUUCUGUUCCAUCAAAUUCAGACUUCCAAGAACAGGAGACGAUCAAAAAGAUCCAAACUUCAAGUUCUAAGGCUUACCAGGAGGAGAUGUGAAGAGAAGCUGGGGAAAGACAUUGAGCUGAAGAAUCUGCAGCUAUAUCUGAAGAAUCAGACCAUAAUCAAAGAGAAUGAUAAGCUGAGAGAGAAAGCCAAUAUCCUUCAUCAAGAGAACAUAGCUUUAAUGACUGAGUUUCAGAAAAAAUUCCCACAUUUGAAUCAAAGAAAAUGAUGAGAAUCAUAAGAGCUUAACAUGGUUGAUUAUCAUCAGGGUUGCUAGUCUUGCUUGUUUCAUUGCUUUAGUACCUUUAUUUUGCAUCAAAAAAAUGAAAAACUAUCAAUUUCUGCGA